AUGGGGCUGCCACUAGCCCUCCUGGUGGCCCUCUGCCUGACUCUGACCUGGGCCGGGGGCUCAGAACUCCGGAGAGGUGAGAGGGUGCAGGCAGGAAGACCGGGCGGCCCAGGGCACAUGGUCCUGCGGGGUAGAGGUGUUUCCCUCGGCCCGGGCUUUGGGGUGGACAGCGUGGGCCAGGCCUCCUGCAGGACCCGGAACCACGGCCAGAGCGUCUGCAGCACGUGGGGCAACUCCCACUACAAGACCUUCGACGGAGACGUCUUCCGCUUCCCCGGGCUGUGCGACUACAACUUCGCCUCUGACUGCCGGGACACCUACCAGGAGUUCGCUGUGCACCUGAAACGGGCCCCCGGCCGCAGUGGGGGCCACCCCCAGGUCGAGUACAUCCUGCUGACCGUCAAGGGUGAUGCCAUCUACCUCACCAGCCAGCUCGCUGUGGUGAACGGCGCCGUGGUCAGCAGCCCGCACUACAGCCCGGGGCUGCUCAUCGAGCAGAAUGACGCCUACACCAAGGUCUAUUCUCGUGCCGGCCUCAUGCUCAUGUGGAACCGGGAGGACUCGGUCAUGCUGGAGCUGGACAGUAAGUUCCGGAACCACACGUGCGGCCUCUGCGGUGACUACAACGGCCUGCAGACCUACUCUGAGUUCCUCUCCGAUGGCGUGCUCUUCAGUCCCGUCGAAUUUGGGAACAUGCAGAAGGUGAACAAGCCUGAGGAGGUGUGCGAGGGCCCCCAGGAGGUGCCGACCCCCGCGUCCUGCUCUGAGCAUCGCGCCGAGUGCGAGAGGCUGCUGACAGACACGGUCUUCGAGGACUGCCGGGACCUGGUGCCGCUGGAGCUGUACGUGCAGGCCUGCGUGCAGGACCGCUGCCAGUGCCCGCAUGGCGUCUCCUGCGUCUGCAGCACCAUCGCCGAGUUCUCCCGCCAGUGCUCGCAUGCCGGUGGCAGGCCGCGGAACUGGAGGACCGCCUCGCUCUGCCCUAAGAGCUGCCCCAGGACCAUGGUUUACCUGGAGAGCGGCUCGCCCUGCAUGGACACCUGCUCACACCUGGAGGUCAGCAGCCUGUGUGAGGAACAUCGCAUGGACGGCUGUUUCUGCCCAGAAGGCACUGUGUACGAUGACAUCAAGGGUGACGGCUGCAUCCCUGUGAACCAGUGUCACUGCAAGCUGCAUGGACACCUGUACGCGCCUGGCCAACAGAUCACCAACAACUGCGAGCAGUGUGUUUGCAACGCCGGCCGCUGGGUGUGCCAGGACCUGCAGUGUCCCGGGACAUGUGCCCUGGAGGGCGGUGCCCACAUCACCACCUUCGACGAGAGGAAGUACACGUUCCACGGGGACUGCUACUACGUGCUGACCAAGGACACCCAUGACUCCUACGCCGUCCUGGGCGAGCUGACCCCCUGUGGCUCCACCGACAAGCAGACCUGCCUGAAGACGGUGGUGCUGCUGGCUGACAACAAGAAGAACGUGGUGGCCUUCAAGUUGGACGGCAGCGUCCUGCUGAAUGAACUUAAGGUGAACCUGCCCCACGUGACGGCGAGCUUCUCCAUCCUUCAACCGUCCUCCCACCACAUCGUCGUGACCACCGCCUUCGGCCUCAGGCUGCAGGUCCAGCUGGUGCCGGUCAUGCAGCUCUUCCUGACGCUGGACCAUGCCGCCCAGGGGCUGGUGCAGGGCCUCUGCGGGAACUUCAACGGCCUUGAAGGUGACGACUUCAGGACGCCCGGUGGGCUGGUGGAGGCCACGGGCGCCGGCUUCGCCAACUCCUGGAAGGCCCAGUCGAGCUGCCGCAACAAGCUGGACUGGCUGGAUGACCCCUGCUCCCUCAGCAUCGAGAGCGCCAACUACGCCGAGCAUUGGUGCUCCCUGCUGAAGAAGACAGAGAGCCCGUUCAGCAAGUGUCACUCUGCCGUGGACCCAGCCGAGUACUACAAGAGGUGCAAAUACGACACGUGCAACUGUCAGAGCACGGAGGACUGCAUGUGCGCGGCCCUGUCCUCCUACGCCCGCGCCUGCACCAUCAAGGGCGUCACGCUGUGGGGCUGGCGGGAGCGCGUCUGCAACAAGGACGUGGGCUCCUGCCCCAGGUCGCAGGUCUUCCUGUACAACCUGACCACCUGCCAGCCGACCUGCCGCUCGCUGUCUGAGCCUGACACCCACUGUGUCAAGGGCUUCGCACCCGUGGACGGCUGCGGCUGCCCCGACCACACCUUCCUGGACGAGAAGGGCCGCUGCGUGGUCCUGGCCAAGUGUUCCUGCUACCACGAUGGCGUCUACCUGGAGGCAGGGAAGACCAUCCUGAGGCAGGAGAAGCGAUGCGUUUGCCAGAACGGGAGGCUGCACUGCCUGCAGGUCAAGCAGCCCUACCAGGGCUGCCCGGCCCCGAAGAUCCAUGUCGACUGCAACAACCGGACGGCGCUGGCCACCCGGAACCCCAGGCCCGUCAGCUGCCAGACGCUGGCUGCCGGCUAUGUGCGUGCUGGCGGCUGCGUGUGCCCUGAAGGGCUGAUUGACGAUGGCCGGGGUGGCUGCGUGGUGGAGGAGGCGUGCCCGUGUGUGCACAACAAGGACCUGUACUCCCCCGGGGACAAGAUCAGGGUGGACUGCAACAUCUGCACCUGCCAGAAAGGGCGCUGGGCAUGCACCCAGUCCGUGUGCCACGGCACCUGUGCCAUCUAUGGGAACAGCCACUACAUCACCUUCGAUGGGAAGUACUAUGACUUUGAUGGACGCUGCUCCUACGUGGCCGUUCAGGACUACUGUGGCCAGAACUCCUCACUGGGCUCCUUCAGUGUCAUCACCGAGAAUGUCCCCUGUGGCACCACGGGCGUCACCUGCUCCAAGGCCAUCAAGAUCUUCCUGGGGAGGACGGAGCUAAAGCUGGAGGACAAACACUGCAUGGUGAUACAGCGUGACGUGGGCCACCAUGUGGCCUACACCACGCGGGAAGUGGGCCAGUACCUGGUGGUGGAGGCUAGCGUCGGCAUCCUCGUCAUCUGGGACAAGAGGACCAGCGUCUUCAUCAAGCUCGCCCCCUCCUACAAGGGCACUGUGUGUGGCCUGUGUGGGAACUUUGACCAGCGAUCCAGCAACGACUUCACCACGCGGGACCACAUGGUGGUGGAGAGUGAGCUGGACUUCGGGAACAGCUGGAAGGAGGCCCCCACCUGUCCGGACGUGAGCGCCACCCCCGAGCCGUGCGUCCUGAGGCCGCACCGCCGCUCCUGGGCCGAGAAGCAGUGCAGCAUCAUCAAGGGCCCGGUCUUCGGGGUCUGCCACAGCAAGGUGGACCCCAAGCCCUUCUACGAAGCCUGUGUCCACGACUCGUGCUCCUGCGACACGGGCGGGGACUGUGAGUGUUUCUGCUCUGCUGUGGCCGCCUACGCCCAGGAGUGCACCAAGGAGGGGGCCUGCGUGUUCUGGAGGACGCCCGAGCUGUGCCCCAUAUUCUGUGACUACUACAACCCCCCGAACGAGUGUCAGUGGCACUACGAACCCUGUGGGACCCACAGCUUUGAGACGUGCAGGACGAUCAGCGGCGUUCACUCCAACAUCUCCGUGUCCCACCUGGAGGGCUGCUACCCCCGGUGCCCUAAGGACAGUCCCAUCUACGACGAGGACCUGAAGAAGUGUGUCACACGGGACCAAUGCGGCUGCUAUGUCAACGGCACUCACUACGCACCCGGAGAGCCUGUGCCCACGGAGCAGAUCUGCCACUCUUGUGUGUGUCACAACUCCUCGCAAGUUGUCUGCCGGCCAGAAGUAGGGAAGAAUGUCACCUCUAAGAAGGACAGCCCCUUCUGCUACUGGGUGACCUGUGGCCCCAACGGGACGGUGGAGGAGCACUUCGGCAUAUGCGAGCCCACCCCACCACCCUCGUCCCCCUCAACACCCGCCACCACCACCUCUGUCUCCCUCAUCACCCCCUCCACCACCACGAGCACCACUCUGACCGCCAGUACAGUGCCAUCUCCCUCUUCAACAACUCAGAGUAAGUCACGUUGACGGCGGCUAUGCUGCUCCUGGUCCGACUGGAUCAACGAUGACCAUCCCAGAAUCGGCAGUGAUGGUGGAGACCGAGAGACAUUCAACCAUGUCUGCAGGGCCCCCAAGGAUAUCGAGUGCAGGGUGGCCAUACAGCCGCACCUCAGAUGGGAGGAGCUGGGCCAGGAGGCUCAGUGCAAUGUCUCCUUCGGGUUCAUCUGCAAGAACGAAGACCAGUUUGGAAAAGGACCUUUUGAAGUCUGCUAUGACUACGAGAUACGCGUCUAUUGUUGCCUGGUGACGGAUGAGUGUCGCACGAACACGAUCACGACGCCCACCACAACUUCACCUGGGACUCCAACUCCGACCCCCAGCACCACCUCAACAGAGACUCCAAUUCCGACCACUACAGAGUACACAACCGCAACACUCACUACCACCUCAACUGCGACUCCAACUCCGACCCCCACCACAACCGCAACAGAGACUCCAACUCCGACCACUACGGAGACCCCAACUACAACACCCACCACCACUUCCACUGGGACUCCAACUCCGACCCCCACCACAACCUCAACAGAGACUCCAACUGCGACCACUCCAGAGACCCCAACCACAACACCCACCACCACGUCAACUGGGACUGCAACUCCAACUCCCACCACAACCACAAUAGGGACUCCAACUCCAACCACCACCACAACAUCCAUCACCACUUCAACUGGGACUCCAACUGCGACCCCCACCACAACCUUAACAGAGACUCCAACUCCGACCACUACAGAGAUCCCACACACAACACCCACCACCACUUCAACUGGGACUCCAACUCCGACCCCCACCACAACCACAACAGAGAUUCCAACCCCAACCAGUACGGAGACCCCAACCACAACACCCACCACCACUUCAACUGGGACUCCAACUCCGACACCCAGCACAACAUCAACAGAGAUUCCAACUCCACCCACUACAGAGACCGCAACCACAACACCCACCACCACUUCAACUGGGACUCCAACUCCAACCCCCAUCACAACCAAAACAGAGAUUCCAACUCCGAUCACUACAGAGACCCCAACCACAACACCCACCACCACUUCAACUGGGACUCCAACUGCGACCCCCACCACAACCUUAACAGAGACUCCAACUCCGACCACUACAGAGAUCCCACCCACAACACCCACCACCACUUCAACUGGGACUCCAACUCUGACCCUCAGCACAACCACCACAGAGACUCCAAGCACUACAGAGACCCUAACCACAACACCCACCACCACUUCAACUGGGACUGCAACUCCAACUCCCACCACAACCACAAUAGGGACUCCAACUCCAACCACUAGUGAGACCCCAACCACAGCACCUACCACCACUUCAACUGGGACUCCAACUCCAACUCCAACUCCCACCACAACCACAACAGAGAUUCCAACUCUGACCACUACAGAGACCCCAACUGGGACACCCACCACCACUUCAACUGGGACUCCAACUCUGACCCCCAGCACCACCUCAACAGUGACUCCAACUCCAACCACUACGGAGACCGCAACCACAACACCCACCACCACAACAACAGGGACUCCAACUCCGACCCCCACCACAACUACAAGAGAGACUCCAACUCUGACCACUACAGAGACCCCAACCACAACACCGACCACCACUUCAACUGGGACUCCAACUGCGACCCCCAUCACAACCACAACAGAGAUUCCAACUCCGACCACUACAGAGACCCCAACCACAACACCCACCACCACUUCAACUGGGACUCCAACUGCGACCCCCAUCACAACCACAACAGAGAUUCCAACUCCGACCACUACAGAGACCCCAGCCACAACAUCCAUCACCACUUCAACUGGGACUCCAACUCACAACCACCACAGAGACUCCAAGCACUACAGAGACCCUAACCACAACACCCACCACCACUUCAACUGGGACUCCAACUCCCACCACAACCACAACAGAGAUUCCAACCCCGACCACUACAGGGACCCUGACCACAGCACCCACCACUAUUUCAACUGGGACUCCAACCACGACGCACAGCACAACCACAACAGAGAUUCCAACUCCGACCACUACGGAGACCGCAACCACAACACCCACCACCACUUCAACUGGGACUCCAACUCCGACCCCCAUCACAACCACAACAGAGAUUCCAACCCCAACCAGUACGGAGACCCCAACCACAACACCCACCACCACUUCAACUGGGACUCCAACUCCAACACCCAGCACAACAUCAACAGAGAUUCCAACUCCACCCACUACAGAGACCGCAACCACCACACCCACCACCACUUCAACUGGGAUUCCAACUGCGACCCCCAUCACAACCACAACAGAGAUUCCAACUCCGACCACUACAGAGACCCCAGCCACAACAUCCAUCACCACUUCAACUGGGACUCCAACUGCGACCCCCACCACAACCUUAACAGAGACUCCAACUCCGACCACUACAGAGAUCCCACACACAACACCCACCACCACUUCAACUGGGACUCCAACUCCGACCCUCAGCACAACCACAACAGAGACUCCAAGCACUACAGAGACCCUAACCACAACACCCACCACCACUUCAACUGGGACUCACCCACCACUACUUCAACUGGGACUCCAACCACGACGCACAGCACAACCACAACAGAGAUUCCAACUCCGACCACUACGGAGACCGCAACCACAACACCCACCACCACUUCAACUGGGACUCCAACUCCGACCCCCACCACAACCACAACAGAGAUUCCAACCCCAACCAGUACGGAGACCCCAACCACAACACCCACCACCACUUCAACUGGGACUCCAACUCCAACACCCAGCACAACCACUACAGAGACCCCAACUGGGACACCCACCACCACUUCAACUGGGACUCCAACUCUGACCCCCAGCACCACCUCAACAGUGACUCCAACUCCAACCACUACGGAGACCGCAACCACAACACCCACCACCACAACAACAGGGACUCCAACUCCGACCCCCACCACAACUACAAGAGAGACUCCAACUCUGACCACUACAGAGACCCCAACCACAACACCGACCACCACUUCAACUGGGACUCCAACUGCGACCCCCAUCACAACCACAACAGAGAUUCCAACUCCGACCACUACAGAGACCCCAACCACAACACCCACCACCACUUCAACUGGGACUCCAACUGCGACCCCCAUCACAACCACAACAGAGAUUCCAACUCCGACCACUACAGAGACCCCAGCCACAACUACAGAGACCCCAACUGGGACACCCACCACCACUUCAACUGGGACUCCAACUCUGACCCCCAGCACCACCUCAACAGUGACUCCAACUCCAACCACUACGGAGACCGCAACCACAACACCCACCACCACCACAACAGGGACUCCAACUCCGACCCCCACCACAACUACAAGAGAGACUCCAACUCUGACCACUACAGAGACCCCAACCACAACACCGACCACCACUUCAACUGGGACUCCAACUCCGACUCCCACCACAACCACAACAGAGAUUCCAACCCCGACCACUACAGGGACCCUGACCACACACAACCACAACAGAGAUUCCAACUCCGACCACUACGGAGACCGCAACCACCACACCCACCACCACUUCAACUGGGACUCCAACUCCGACCCCCAUCACAACCACAACAGAGAUUCCAACCCCAACCAGUACGGAGACCCCAACCACAACACCCACCACCACUUCAACUGGGACUCCAACUCCGACACCCAGCACAACAUCAACAGAGAUUCCAACUCCACCCACUACAGAGACCGCAACCACAACACCCACCACCACUUCAACUGGGACUCCAACUGCGACCCCCAUCACAACCACAACAGAGAUUCCAACUCCGACCACUACAGAGACCCCAGCCACAACAUCCAUCACCACUUCCACUGGGACUCCAACUGCGACCCCCACCACAACCUUAACAGAGACUUCAACACCGACCACUACAGAGAUCCCACCCAUAACACCCACCACCACUUCAUCUGGGACUCCAACUCAGACUCCCAGCACCACCUCAACAGGGACUCCAACUCCAACCACUACAGAGAUCCCAACCACAGCACCCACCACCACUUCAACUGGGACUCCAACUCCGACCACCACCACUACAGAGACAAUCCCCACCACUAUCACAACCACUGGGACCCCAACACCAAUAACCACCACGACAGUGACCCCAACACCACCACUGACCACCAGCUCCAUGCCUAUGGCUGUAAGAUGGGCUACGUGGGCAAAGCCAUCCUGAGGGGAGACCACCGAGGCAUGUGUGGCCUCAUGGGGAGUAGAGGCUGCCAGUCAGGCUCGCCAACCUCGGGUCCCACCUCCUCGAAGACCACUCCCACCCAUGGAACCACGACUGGGCCCCCUUCAUCCACCACAGGCCCCCCUUCCACACGCACACCCACUCCCGCGACUGUGUCAACGACUUCCACGGGAGCUUCCACACCAAUAGGACACUCGUCGACCGUGCCACCCACGCCACAGACCACCAGCACCUUGACCUCCAGUGUGACCACCCCUACGGUGAUCCCAUUAACCUCACCCCACAUCACCACGAGCAUCGUCCCAGUCACCACCGGCACUCAGAGGGAAUGCUGCUAUUUAAAUAACACGUACUAUGCCCCAGGUGAGCUGGUGUACAACAGCACACAUGGGGACACCUGCUAUUACGUGAACUGCUCGCUGAACUGCACCCUUGAGAUCUUCAACUCGUCCUGCCCAUCCACACCCACCACCCAGCCAUCCAUGACAUCCAGUGUGCCGCCCACCACCAAGCCCCCUGCGUGCCUGGACUUCGAUCCUCCCAGACAGGAGAACGAGACCUGGUGGCUGUGUAACUGCACCAUGGCCAUCUGCAAGUACAACAACACCGUGGAGCUCGUGGAGGUGAAGUGCGACCCCCCACCCAUGCCCACCUGCUCCAACGGCCUCAUGCCUGUGCGCGUCGAGGACCCCGACAAGUGCUGCUGGCACUGGGAGUGUGACUGCUACUGCACGGGCUGGGGGGACCCGCACUACGUCACCUUCGAUGGGCUCUACUACAGCUACAAGGGCAACUGCACGUACGUGCUGGUGGAGGAGAUCACUCCCACCAUGGACAACUUCGGGGUCUACAUCGACAACCAGCACUGUGACACUGACAGCCAAGUGUUCUGCCCCCGCACGCUCAUCGUGCGCCAUGAGACCCAGGAGGUGCUGAUCAAGACCGUGCACACGAUGCCCAUGAGGGUGCAGGUGCAGGUCAACAGGCAGGCCGUGGCGCUGCCCUAUAGAAAGUACGGGCUGCAGGUGUACCAGUCAGGCAUCAACUAUGUGGUGGACAUCCCUGAGCUGGGUGCCCUCAUCUCCUACGACAGCCUUUCCUUCUCCAUCCGGCUGCCCUACCACCGGUUCGGCAACAACACGAAGGGCCAGUGUGGCACGUGCACCAACAGCACCUCGGAUGACUGCAUGCUGCCCGGUGGGGAGGCCGUUGCCAGCUGCGAGGUCGCGGCUGGCCACUGGGUGGUGAACGACCCCUCGGAGCCGCAGUGUCCCCACAGGGGCUUCACCACCGAGCGCCCGGCCGCCUGGCCGUCGGUGGGCAGCAGCACAACCACCGGGACACGCUCUCCGUCUCCGCUCUGCGAGCUCAUCAAGGACAGCUUGUUCGCCCGGUGCCACGCUGUGGCAUCCCCCAGGCACUACUACGAAGGCUGCACAUCCGACAGCUUCGCCGCGCCCGGCUCAGGCCUGGAGUGUGCCAGCCUGCAGACCUACGCCGCCCUCUGUGCCCAGAAGGGCAUCUGCGUCGACUGGCGGAGCCGCACCGGUGGGGCCUGCCCGGUGACGUGCCCGGCGCACCGCGAGUACCGGGCCUGUGGUCCCGUGGAGGAGCCCACCUGCAGGUCCAGCCCCACCCAGGCAAACAGCCCACGCCUGGCGGAAGGCUGCUUCUGUCCCAAGGGCACCACCAGCUACGCGCCCGGCUUCGACGUCUGCGUGGACCUGUGCGGCUGCGUGGGGCCCGACAACGUGCCCAGAGAGUUUGGGGAGCACUUUGAGUUCGACUGCAAGGACUGCAUCUGCCUGGAGGGGGGCAGCGGCAUCAUCUGCAGGCCCAAGACAUGCCACCCCAGGCCCCGCAUGGAGUGCAAGGAGAACGGCGCCUACACUGUCACAGAGGUCGACCCCGCCAACGUCUGCUGCAACAUCACCUCUUGCAAAUGCAACGCCAGCCUGUGCAGGGAGAACCCCCCGCCGUGCCCGCUGGGCUUCGAGGUGAAGAGCAAAAUGGUCCCUGGGAGGUGCUGCCCCUUCUACUCGUGUGUGCCCAAGGGCGUGUGUGUUCUCCGGAACGCUGAGUACCAGCCCGGUUCUCCAGUCUUCUCCAAGUGCCAGAACUGCACGUGCACCGACCGCAGGGACAACGCCACGCAGCUCAACGUCAUCUCCUGCACCCACGUGCCUUGCAACACCUCCUGCAACCGCGGCUUUGAGCUGGUGGACGUCCCCGGCGAGUGUUGCAAGAAGUGUCAGCAGACCCAGUGCAUCGUCAUCAACCAGCCCGGCAGCCAGAGCGUGGUCCUGAAGGGCUCCAUCACACUCAUGCCCAAUGGCUGCUGCAGGAAAUGCCUCCCUCGCAAUGAGACCAGGGUCCCCUGCUCCACUGUCCCUGUCGUCAGGGAAAUUUCGCACAACGGCUGCACCAAACUGGUCACCAUGAACGACUGCUCCGGGUCCUGCGGGACCUUCGCCAUGUACUCGGCCGAGGCCCAGUCCCUGGACCACAGGUGCUCCUGUUGCAAGGAGCAGCGCACCAGCCAGCGGGAGGUGACGCUGCAGUGCCCGGACGGGCGCGGGCUCAAGCACACCUACACCCACAUCGACAGCUGUCUGUGCCAGUACACCAUGUGCGAACUGCCCCCCUGGCGCAGGGCCCGGCGCUCUGGCCUCAGGGACCUGGGCCCGGGGCGGGGGUGA